UUUGUGACCGUACAGAAGAGGUAGACCUGCAGUAUUCAUGAUGCUAGCAGCCUUACAUAUCUGGCAUAAAAUAAAGCCAUAUCUUAAAAAUUAUAUUUGCCUGCUCUUUCUUCAAAGCAAACUUUAUAAGUGACCCACUUUGCUCCAAUAUCAAAUCAUCCUGACUUAAUUUUAUAAGCCAGUCAUGGAAAGAAAAUCAGUCUCAUGACUCCAAAGCAUUCUGUUCUGUAGCUCCACUGUAAUUACAGACAAAUGCAUCUAAUCUUCCCGUCAUGUGUUCUCCUGAGUUACAGGAUUCUUUUUUUUUUUUUUUCUGUAUUUGAUAAUCUUGUUAUCUUGUGAUACUGCAUCAUUUAAUUAUUCCCCAAAAUAGAGAUCUUCAGAAAAUCUGUUCAGAAAAAGUGAUUUGCUGUUCCCAACUGAAAUCACAGCUGGGAUGUUUACUCAUAAAUUAGUAAUUUUCAGGCCUUUGGGAUUGCUGCUUUUCUUAAGGAAUCUCAUCUGCCACGUAAGGCUGUUAAAGCCUCCCACAGAUCACCUGAUGAAAUUUCAUAAACUCCAAAGGACUUAGUGGGCAUUCUCAGAGGUCUUCAAGCCUAGGACUUUGUAUCAGAUUGAGCUUGGUUGCUCUGAUUUUUUUGUUUUUUUUUAUUUUUGAGAUAGGAUUUCACCGUUUCAGCCAGCAUGGACUUGAACUCCUGGGCUCAAGUGAUCCUCCAGCCUCAAGCCUCCCAGGUAGUUUGGACUGCAUGCACACACGAUAGCACCCAGCUGCUCUCUCUGAUACUAACCUUCAAAUAUCUAGCUGUGUUCAGUAACUCUAUAAACAUUUCAUGUGUCAAACAGUAGGACAGGCUUUUGUAACACAAAAUGAGUCGAGCAGAAUCCUCAGCUAACGAAGUAUAUGGUUUCUAAACUUGAUCUUCAAAAGAGUUGGAAUUUAAUUUUACUAGUUCUGCCACCCACUAACUGCUACCUUUAAACAAGUCAGUUAGUUCAUCUGAGCCUCAUUUUUUCUAUAAAACCAGUAACAUUAAGAUGAUACUCCUGUAAGAGACAUAUUGUGAGGAUGUGGGGAUUUAUUUGGGUGUUCUGAGAUGAGUGACCUGUAUAUGGCCACUCAAUGUUUGUUUUUUCUUUCCCUCCUCUUCCACACCCAUGUGUUGCCUUUGUAUCUUUAGCUUUACAGGCUGAAGAAGAUUCAUUAUUUUAGCUCUACUAAAAUCAGAGCCAUUUCAUUUUGUUCUUUUUUUCUCUGGACCAUUUCUACUUUCAUCAUGUCACUCGUAUCCAGGGCCAAGUGCUUUCGGGGCAAAAAAGUCCUUGGAGAUUAUGAUAUCAAGGUGGAACAGGCAGAAUUUUCAGAGCUCAACCUGGUGGCCCAUGCAGAUGGUACCUAUGCUGUGGAUAUGCAGGUUCUCCGGAAUGGCACAAAGGUUGUCCGGUCCUUCCGACCAGACUUCGUGCUCAUCCGGCAGCAUGCAUUUGGCAUGGCAGAGAAUGAGGACUUCCGCCACCUGAUCAUUGGCAUGCAGUAUGCUGGCCUCCCCAGCAUCAACUCACUGGAAUCCAUAUACAACUUCUGUGACAAGCCAUGGGUGUUUGCCCAGCUGGUCGCCAUCUACAAGACACUGGGAGGAGAAAAGUUCCCCCUCAUUGAACAGACAUACUACCCCAACCACAAAGAGAUGCUGACACUGCCCACGUUCCCUGUGGUGGUGAAGAUUGGCCACGCUCACUCAGGCAUGGGCAAGGUCAAAGUGGAAAACCACUACGACUUCCAGGACAUUGCCAGUGUGGUGGCUCUCACCCAGACCUACGCCACUGCAGAGCCUUUCAUUGACUCCAAAUAUGACAUCCGGGUCCAGAAGAUUGGCAACAACUACAAGGCUUACAUGAGGACAUCGAUCUCAGGAAACUGGAAGACGAACACUGGCUCUGCAAUGCUGGAGCAGAUUGCCAUGUCAGACAGGUACAAACUGUGGGUGGACACCUGUUCUGAGAUGUUUGGCGGCCUGGACAUCUGUGCCGUCAAAGCUGUGCAUGGCAAAGAUGGGAAAGACUACAUUUUUGAGGUCAUGGACUGUAGCAUGCCACUGAUUGGGGAACAUCAGGUGGAGGACAAGCAACUCAUCACUGAACUAGUCAUCAACAAGAUGAACCAGCUGCUGGCCAGGACUCCUGCCCUGUCUCCUCAGAGACCCCUAACAACCCAGCAGCCACAGAGUGGAACACUUAAGGAUCCGGACUCAAGCAAGACCCCACCUCAGCGGCCACCCCCCCAAGGGGGCCCUGGGCAACCCCAAGGAAUGCAGCCCCCAGGCAAGGUGCUGCCUCCACGCCGGCUCCCCCCUGGACCAUCACUGCCACCUUCCUCCUCUUCCUCCUCCUCUUCCUCCUCCUUGGCUUCUCAGCGGCCGGGCGGCCCCACCACCCACGGAGAUGCACCCUCCAGCAGCAGCUCCCUGGCAGAGGCCCAGCCACCCCUGGCUGCUCCACCACAGAAGCCCCAGCCUCACCCACAGCUCAACAAGUCGCAGUCCCUGACAAAUGCCUUCAGCUUCUCUGAGUCCUCCUUCUUCCGGUCUUCAGCCAAUGAGGAUGAAGCCAAAGCGGAGACCAUCCGGAGCUUGAGGAAGUCCUUUGCCAGCCUCUUUUCAGAUUAGCUCUUCAGACACACGGGGCACCCGGCCCAACCGGGAAAGGCAUCUAAGACAUUCACCAACAACAGUCAGCCAGCUUUGUGGUGAUGUCCCAUGACCUUGACAUGUGUGGUCCCUUCCUCUGCUCCGUUGUGCUAAGUGAUGUGCAGCCCAGAAAGGACCAUGUGACAGUCUCAGGGCAGGUACCACCCACAAGGGGUACCUGGCAUCAGAGAGGAAAGAGCUGCUUCCCUGUAGUCAUGAGAGCUUCCUUCUGAAGUCAUCGUUCGCUGUGAGUUUAGUGGCCUUAUUGUGACAGUGCCAUCAUGUCUUAUUCUUCCCUGUGAAACCAGGAUUAAUUGCGGACUCCUGGCAGCUUAACCUAGCUCAGUUGCAGUGCUAAGCAUGCCCCACCCCCAUUCAGUGAUACUUGUUUGGGAAGUAUUUACUUCCCCAAAAGUACUCUUGGCCCUAACUUUUAGGAACUUUCCCCAACCUGGAUCCCUUGUCAUACCUGUGUUACUGUUUAAAGCAUAUCCACCCAACUUACAAAAUCCUAGGCUGCUGUGGUGGUGAAGCACCGUGAGUCUGCUGAUAUUUGGGGAACAAGGAUCUGCAGUUUCCCCUUUUCUCCCUUCUGAAGAGUGGUUCUUAUGUGCAAUCUGCAGCAACCUUGAACUCCAGAGCUGCACUAUAGAGGAGAAUGCAUGCCACUAUGAUAGCAGUAUGCCAAGCUUUGUGUUCCUCUCCUAAUAAAUGUUAAGACCUUUGGUGUAAUAAAAGCAGCAGCAUUCACCAACAUCUGAGUCAGCCAUGAGGUCUUGACCCCUUGGCCACCCUUUAGGCUGAGAGAGUGUCCAUGAGGAAUGUGUAUGUGAGUGUAGAGUGAAAAAUCUAGGUGUAUGAAGCUAUUUGUGUCAGUUUGUGUGUGUGACUGCAGGUGUACAUGUGUUUGCAAAUGUGUCUGACCUUUACAUGCCACUUCUAGGCCUCCUGACACCUCCCCAGUGAAUUUGUCUCCUCCAAGGCAGCUAGCCUUCCUUCAGCAACUCAGCAUUUCUGCUUAUAUUGUGGACUUUGUAACAUUUCAAAUAAACACAGAACUCUUACUCCCAGAGGAGUCAA